CAUUGACACUCCCCGGCAAAAAAGGGAUCCAACCCUUUUUUCCUUCACGACCAAUGCACGUUGACUUGGAUGCCAUUGCGAGAACCUGGGUCACACGGACAGAGCUGAAAUGGAAAACAAACAGAAAAGCCAACACACCACAAGCAUACCCACAGCACAAUCUCACACAUCGCUGACGACCUGCGCCUCCAGACAGAGACCUCCUCUUGACAUCUUGCAACACAAUCGCCACUUACUAGAAUGACUCUUGCAGAAUGCAAAGUGACCAUGGCAGCACCUCACGAUACUCUACGCACAUCCUCUUAUCUACUCACUACCAAUUACCACUGAAAUCGCUUGUCACUCAUUCUGCCUCAGUUCUAGUAGCGGUGACGCAUGCGAGCCUCAGUCGUUUACACUCUUUCUCCCCGGCGUGUCGGACCGCAGCUAACAAUUAUCUCCGUGUGCAUUUCAUUCUCAGCAAUAGCCUAGCCUCCCCGGCGUAUACGACCCAUCUGCUGUCCUUAACAUCAAUCAAUUCAUUCACGGAUGUAGAAGACUCGAAACAACUUCAGAAGUAAUCACGACGAAAAUUUUAACAAAAUUACGCAAUAACAACAAGGUACGAAAACAACAAGUAAACACAAUGAAUCCAAAAAACACCAAUUGAUAUGACACACCACACAUAUAUACAAACUGUACACAAAAUCUCGCGGAUCACAUCUUGAUGG